UGUUUUUUGCCAAAACAAACAUUUGGAAGUUUAAGUUUAAUUUUUUGAAAUUUUUUUUUUUUUGUGAAAUCAAAGAUAAUAAAGGCCUUGAUUUGCUUGGGAGUCUCUGUGGUCCCUGAGGAGCGCUGUCAGGCAGUAAGAAAACAUCUCUCUGCCUGAGAAGAUACCUCUGAGUUACCAGCUAUUAUGCUGUAGUGGGUGGCCAGUUGGUGUCCUGGGUGGCCAGUUGGUGGCCCAAGGAGAGAACAAGGCAGUUCUAACCGGCCGCUGGAAACACUACCAUGUGCUGGGUGGAACCAGCCUAGGGCUGUCGCUGAGCUCAAGCUAAUGAGCAGCUUUAUGGGAACAAGAUGCUCGGAAACUCGGCUGGCUCUCCGAGGAGCUGCCUCCUGCUGUGCUGGGGCUAUCACCCAUUCACAGCAAACCAACCUGUUUGUGGAGAGGAGCGGAGCAGCUGCGUUUGUGUGGCACGCUGCCUGAGAAACGAACUCCGAGACCCAUCUGCUUCCCACCCUCGUGCCCUCGCAGUUACUGUGUCCUUUACCUCACCCUUCUUGAGACCCCUUUUGUAUGUCUCAUACCUGCUGCCUUUAAAUCUCCAUACAGUAUUCCCUGAAGGACGCCCCAUAGCCCCUGGUGCUAUCCAAGAUACUCUUCCCUGUCAUCGUUCUGUUGAAGAACUGACAACUGGUAAUAGGGAUCCUGCCUCCAAAUAACUAGGGGGAAAAAUCAGUUUUAAGCCUCAGUUGUUACCACUCCUGGGUUAUCAGUGGCGCGGUACAGUUACUGCUACUUGCUUUGCGUAAAUAUUAAUUGGAGCAGGACAAGAAUCCAGGUGUCAUCUCUCCCAGACAUUUAGGAGGUCAUCCCGUGAGAUGGGAAGAGCAAGGGAGCAGCUGUUAGCCUUGCCAGGGCCGUGUCCCUGCAGCAGCUGUGGUGGAGUCCUCCUUGUGCCACCAGUAGGGUCAGGAGCAGGCUGGCCUCAGCAGCAGGAGGACGUGAGUCAGGUGAGAGGGUGUCCUGCUCGUCAGGCCUGUUUGUCUGCUGGAGAGGGGAGUGGACAAUGAUCCAUGCAGGAGCUACAGCAGGGGAAUAUAUUUUGUGGACGAGUCAGGUGUGGCUGCCAUCUUCCUAUGGGUGGCAACAGUCACCCUGUCUUUGCCAUGUAAUGAUUCUCACAUUGCCAUCACCCUGCGUUCCUGUCCUGUCUGCUUGUUACAGUACCAUCACAGGCUUAUUUAGCUUGUCUUACCUUGCUUGUGGUCAAAGGGGUUCCUUUAAUGUCACUCAGUCACAGUCCUUGCAGCAUACUACCUUUUUCCAUAGGUUAUUUUUUUCCACUCAGUACUAGUGCGACCUUAAAACACUCAUCAGUUUGGACAUCAUUUUCAAAAGCAAGUGCUCUAAGAUGACCGAGGAAAGGUGGACAGUCUGAGCACCCUCAAUCCAGGGAAAAGAGACCAGGGAGGAAUUUGUCUGUGCAUACACCCAGAGGGAUGGUCUGAAGAGGACAAGGAUCAAGUAUUCCUGUUGGUCAAGAGUCAGGCUAUUAAUAGGUUUAAGCUGCAGAAGGAAAACUCCAGUCUGAAAAUUAAGAAAAUUAUAUAACUGGAGGAAAAGUUAGACAGUAGAACCUGUUGCCAAGACAGAGGUUGUGAAACUGGAGAUAUUCGAGGCUAGGCUAGACACCCAUCCAUCAGGGAUGUCUUUGGAAUAACUGAGUAAAGCCAGUGAACAAUGCAAACAACUUGACUAGAUGACCCAGUAACAGUCCCCUCCAAUGCAAAUACGUUCGAGAGGCUUCUGAAAUGUAGUUGGCAGCUUCUCCACUUCCAGCACAGUUGUGUUAUUGCCAGAUGUACCAUCAGUACCUUAUGCUAAAGCCAGUGAUGUAUAAGAUUGUAGCUGAAGCCAGUACCUUUAAUAGCAUUUUUUUUUCCUACUAGGUUCACCUUGCCUUUAAUCCAUGUGAAGACCUGUUGGAAACACCUUCUAGAAACGUAACAGUUUUCAAUCUCCUAGUAAAUUCUGUUGUGUCCGAGAAGAGCCUGUCCAAAUGAGCAAGACAUCUCAACAGAACACUGCUACAGAUGCGAAUGGAGUAAGCGUGAUUCACACCCAAGCACACACCAGUGGUUUGCAGCAGGUUCCCCAGCUGGUGCCCGUUAGUCCUGGUGGCGGAGGCAAAGCUGUGCCUCCGAGCAAACAGGGAAAGAAAAAUUCCUUUGUGGAUAGAAACAGUGAUGAGUAUCGUCAGCGCAGAGAGCGAAACAACAUGGCAGUGAAAAAGAGCCGGUUAAAAAGCAAGCAGAAAGCACAAGACACGCUGCAAAGGGUCAACCAGCUCAAAGAAGAAAAUGAACGUUUAGAGGCAAAAAUUAAGCUCCUGACCAAGGAGCUGAGCGUACUGAAAGACUUGUUCCUUGAGCACGCGCACAAUCUUGCAGACAAUGUGCAACCUGUUGGCACUGAAACCACCACCACAAAUCCAGAAAACAGUGGACAGUAGACGCUGUUGCAGCCUCAUGAAAUGAACUGGUGAGGUGCAGCUUGUCUGCAACGCCCAUGCAGUAACCAAGCAAAAACUCUGUUCUUUUAACCAUCAUUUUGUGGAGAUUUUCUUCUUUUUAGGUUUAACACUGAAGAUUUGAUACAAUUAAACCAGAAACUGCUUAGGGUAUUUGUUUUAAAUAUUUUUCUCCUCUAACAGAUUUAUCUAAUAAAUGCAGAUCUAAAUGCAUAGUCAACAAGGAGCUUAGUAUUAGGAAAAUAGCAUUUUCACAGAAAUGUUCACUUACCUCCUUAUAGUUUGCGUAAUGGGAGGAAUCCAGCAGGAUGGUUCACUGUAGUAUCAGAAACUCGUAAUUGGCUAAGUGUCUUUUGAAUACAUUUUAUUUAAGCCUUUUGUUUUGUCCAUUACAUAUUACAAAACUGCAAAGGCCGUGGAGGGUGUUUGCUUUCCUGUUUGGUGGAUGACUUUAAAUCUGUAGAGCAAGUACUAUAAAGCACCACUUAGGUCUUUCCUGUCCAGUUAUAGUUAAUGGGGAGGGUGUAGUAAUAGUGAGCUGGAAUGCUUACUGAUGUUUUCUAGAAAAAUAGCAAUAUAGUAUGAUGAUAUAUACAGGCAGUUGGCUUCCAAGUGGCAAGUGAGUCUGAAGCAUCAUGUACAAGAGGUAAAGCAGCACCCUGACAAAGCCUUUUAAGCCUGUGUUCCCAUUGCUCACAUAGUGACCUUAAGAGAACAAGAUUUUUGGUUUUCAGAAAAUAUCAAAAUGCUACCAAAAAACUGCUCUGCAAAAUUGCAUUCUUGAUGGGGUGCAGGUAUCAGGGAGAACAAAAUGUACAGCUUGCCUAAGCAACGAAAGGGGUAAACCAGCAUCUGUUCAGUCAGAACGUAUGGAUCACUGCUCAUUGACAUUCAUCUCCCAUUUUCAUGGCUGUUUAGAUUUGCAACCAACAUCUUACAGAAAUCCACAGUGAUUUUAAAAACAAAUGGUCCUAGUUUGAAAAACUGUUUCAGUGUAAUUUCUAUAGCCAUCAUACAGUUGUGUGAAGGAAUAUCUUUGGGUUUAUUUUCAUAAAAGUUUUUCUAUAGCAACUUUUUUAAUGCUAAGUCUUUGCCAUGAUCCAUAAUGCAGUGGUAUGUACUAUAUUGAGGAUUUAAACAAUAAAAGAAAAGCAGGAA